UGCGGCAGCGCCGGGUACACGCGAGGCACGAGGGGACGGCCUCAUCGCCCUUGCCUAUUCGUCUCUUCCUGUCUCUCUCUCCUCUCUCCUGCCCAUGUCGCGGGGGACUCUGUAGACGGGUGACUGGUUUCUUCUGUUCUGAAGGAGCUUUUACAGCAGUUCCUCAGCUCUCCUCUUCCGCGUCCGCACCCGGGCUACGCUGCGGGACACGCAGAGCCCGAACAGCACUUCCCGAGCACAGUUACCGAGCACUCGCAGCCCGGGGCAACCCCGAGUGACAAUGGAGCAGGGCGCCGCCCCGGGGCGGAGCUGGCGGCGGCGGAGGGGAGGAGGCGCCGAGGGAGGAGCAGAGCCGGGGCUGGCGGAAGCAGCGCUGCGCGGGCUGCGGAACAACGGGAUGAGGUUGUGGCGGGCAACGGGGCUGGCGGGUCUGGCCGCGGUGCUCCUGGGUGCGCGGUGCUACCGCCGGCGGGGUCGCACUUUGUGGGGACUACGAGGGGACGGUCCUGGGCUCUCCUCUUGCCCUUCGGCUUCUCUCCGAGCUCGCGCAGCUCUUUCAUUCUGCAUGAAAUUGCAGCGGAAGAAAAUGGAUUUUCUGAGUUUGCUGCUUAUUUUCUUCUCAGCAGUGGCUUUGAGCAGAGCUCAGGUGCAGCAGGAGCCGUCGGCAGAGACCAGCGAGGGCACCGGCGUCAACAUCACCUGCUCACACAACAAUAUACAGCUAGGAUAUUACAUCCAGUGGUACAGUCAGCUCCCAGGCAGAGGCCCGGCAUUCCUCGUCAGCGCCGUUAAAGGGUCCAAGGAGGUGCUGGACCCGGUGGGGCGGCUGUCAGUGUCGGAAGACCGCCGCUCCAGCGCCCUGUGGCUGUCCCGGCCGCGGCUCGGGGACGCGGCGGUGUAUUACUGCGUCUUGGGCACACGGGGAGAGGAGCCGGGGCUGCGGCUGAGCACAAACCGCUUUGGGCGUAGCGGGGACACAGUGCCGUCGGGACCCGCAGGGGGCGAUGCCGCUCCUCCCGCUGGGGCCUCCCGAGCUUACAGUGCUGACCUGGAGAAUGUCCCUCGCACUGCUCGGCAUCCUCCGGAGUAAGGCAUUCCAGCUGCACACCUUCAUGAGCGCGGCAUGUCGAGGUCACAAACACCGCACAAACACAGGUGGUCCCCACAGUGUCUCUGUUUUCAGACUAUGAGAUAGUGUGACAGGAUUGAGGGCCUCUGGAGGUGAGGUGUAUUUUCAGCAGAGGCCUCUGUAAGGUGUGUUGACUGUGAGGGCUACUGACUCAUGCUGGCUGUGGAUCACGUCCCUUCUCAGUUCAAAAGUAAAGUAAAAUGGAGUCUGGUAAGCAAAGCACAGACUGACCAUAAACUGUAAGCAAAAGGGGAGACAAGGAAGGGAACCAGAACUCUUUGGCCUGUAAUUCUUUGGCCAUUAGGGAACUAAAGCUGUUAGAUUUGAAGUGAGUGACAUAGAACUUUGUGAGCAACAAGUUAGAAGAUGAAAACAAAUAAUAA